AGUGUGGCCUGAGCAGGCCAAGCCAGCGCCAGUCUCGCCUACAUGACGCCGCCAAACACUCACACCACACACAGCUGAUCUCAGGAGCUACUGCAACUGCUGCUGUUCAGGCCACAGAGCAAGGAGCUGGGCGCCGUGUUAAGGGAUAGAACAAAUGCUAGAAGAGAAGACAGCAAAGAAAAGUUAAAGGAAAGAAGAAGGAAAGAAGAUUGAACUGGAGUUUUAAGGGAGCGAAGAAGAGAAGUUGUGGAUGAAAUGACAGGUACAGGAAAAACGUGCACACAGGAAUGUGCACUGAUGACUGGAGUCAUUACUAACAAACCUUGAAUGGAUAACAUUGCAGUUAGACGUCAGUUGCAGAGUGACAAUAAUUUUGCAGAAAGGGCUGUUACCAAGAAACUUGAAUCUAGACUCAUUUGGGGAAAGUUGAUGCAGAGUGAAGGCCAGUUUGGCUGAAAAACGUCUCCAAGGACAUAUUUUUUGUUAUACUUGACAGUUUCGUGUCUGUUUUCCAGCAAGGAGAGACACAAUAUUAUUACCUAGGGCCACCUCAACUGGACUGUCAGCUGGAAAUCGGACAUUUCGAACACUGCAAGACUUCAGCCAUUCUUUGGGCAGCUGUCACUGUUGAGAUGAUUCAUAACACACUUAAGUCCACCCAGCCAUCGGAGCACAGCCCCAGGAGCACACACUCUGCUGCGCAAAGGAGGCUGUGGAGGUACUCGGGCUGCAGAGGGGCCGGCCAGGUGGAAAGUCACCGUCGCAGUGUGUGUGUGCUGGCUGCAGACUUGAACGCUGGAGGAGGAGGAGGUGGAGGUGUGAUGCACACUAUCCACGGGCUGUGCCACCUCUGCAUUGGUUGUAGGCUGCCUCAGGUGACCAUCCUUCGAGGAAAGGAUGGAUACGGCUUCACCAUCUGCUCGGAUUCCCCUGUGAGGGUGCAGGCUGUUGAUCCAGGGGGUCCGGCGGAUCAGGCAGGUCUACAGCAGUUGGACACUCUCCUGCAGCUAAAUGGUCAACCAGUGGAGCAGUGGAAAUGUGUAGACUUGGCCCAUGCUAUCAGAAACAGCUCCAAUGAAAUCACAGUGGUGGUGUGGCGCACGGGCCCCUCAGCUAAGCCUAGUUUUGAGGGCCUCAUCCACCGGCCCUCUUAUAAGCCCUCCGCCUCAAACUAUGAUGCCCCCUCACCCCCUACUCGCAGGCGCGCACCAGACGUUGGCACCAGCAAAACCCCACCAGCUGUGCCGCCUCUCCCAGCCCACCACCGUGCCACUGCCACUCGCCGGCUGCUGGUCAAUGGCUCCGAAGCUGGAAAUAGCAGUGGAGUAGGUGUAGGGACGCUGGGGUGGGGGGCCCAGGGAGGGUCGACCGAGGAGCUGGAUGGGAAACCGCGACAGCUCCACCACCCUCACACUGCCACACUGAAGGGUACCAGGGUGAAGGCAUCUAACGGGGACAACUAUAUCAUCCUUGCCCCCAUCAACCCUGGAAGCCAGAUCUUGAGGCCUGUUUACCAAGACAACCAGGGAACAUUAGCUGCCAGGUUAUAUCCCACACGGCAGGCCUCUGGUCCACAGCCCCAGGGUGGUGGUAAGGGUGCUUUUUCUGGAGGUGUGAGUGGUGGUGGUGGUGGUGGUGGAGGUCUCUCUAGCCGUACUGGCUUCCUGCGUCGGUCUAACAACUCCAAGACAACAAAGAUGGCGUCCACCUCAACUAAUGCUGGUGUACCCAACUACCAACAGCAGAAUGCCAAUUUUGCCAAUUACCAGAACUGUACCAUUGUCCGCUCACACACUCCACAUGCCAACUACGGAUAUGUCAAAGUGGCACCAAAGAUCCUUAUCUUCCCCAUCUUUGUUCAGCCUCUUGACCUGUGCAGCCGAGCUCUCAUCAUAUCUGAGGAGAUGAUAUUACAUGAGAGCAAGCACCACUCUCUCAAGGUUACAGUGUUUGUCUACAGUGACCUGAUGCUGGUGACAAGAGAAAAUGAGCCAGGCAGGUGUAACGUCCUUCAGAGUCCCCUGUACCUCAGACAGCUGAGGCUCCAGGAUGAUUAUGCUGAAGAGCUGAGAUUCUACCUUAUUCACAUGACCGAGAAGUGUGACUGCCUGCUCAGCCUGGAAGCCUAUUCAGCAGACCAGAAGCGCCGCGUGUGUCAGUGCCUGAAGGACAACAUUGACAAGCAGCUCCAGCUUCACAGGAGGGAGGCUCGUGUUCCGCAUUUUGAACAGAUGUUGGAGCCUAAGGUGGAUGCCCCUUCAUGUGAGCUGGGUGGAGUAGGCGGAGAUCGAGAUGUAUGCCUCCACCUGCCCCCCCGCAGUUCGGAAGGUGAGGAAAGCAGCCUGUAUCCCUCCAGUCCCUCAGAGCCCCCAACCCUGGGCAGUCCUCACCCCUCAGAGCCUGUCACCCCGUUGGAUGAAAUCUACAUGCCCCUUGGGGGUCUAAUGGGAUCCGAGGAGCGACAUAAGGUCCCUCCAACCCCACCUCCUUCCACCGAGGGUGAGGACUGCAAGAGUAUGGAGGGGAAUGAGAUGGACAUCUGGAGAGAGGGGAAGGAUGGGGACAGCAGGAGAGAGGAAGAUGAGGAGAAUGAGGAUGGGGCCAGCAGAAAGAGUCCAGGGAGUGAGGGGGAAGAGAAAGAAGAGACGGGAGAGAGGAAUGAAGAGGAAGUCGACCUAAACUUGAUGGUGUCAAACACAGAUGAAGAUAACGCCUCUGAGCCACCUGACACCAACGCCCCCCCCUCGUCCUCCUCAUCCUCAUUUGUCAUCCCCGAGUUGCGCCUUGAUCGCUCCUUUAGUGCCGAUGCCCUCUCCUCACCCAACACCGAUGAAGAAGAGUACGAUGAAGAUGAAGACGAGGAGUCUGAAGAGGAGGACGAUGAAGAUGACAGUGACGAUGCCUACCUGCAGCGCAGUGACAGCAAGCGCCGCAGCAUGGUGGAGGGUGCCACUUGUGAGAAGCAUGGAGGAGGGGGCCUCAGUGUGCAGAAUUCCCUCCGCAGGCGCACCCACAGUGAAGGGAGCCUCCUGCAGGACCCCCGCCAGCCUUGUUUCACCUCCGACAACGCCAUCAACUGCCUGGAGGCAGGGGGAGCGCACCACAAGGGCGGCUGGACGCUCCCAUCACCUAAAACUCUGAAGAAAGAGCUAACCAAGAAUGGAGGCUCCAUGCAUCAGCUGUGUAUGCUGUUUUCUGGGAGGAAGCUGAGCUCCGGAUCCCCCUGUAGCUGCGAGGUCUGCCCCGAAGGAACAAAGAAGAAGAAAUCCAAGAACCUGGCCAAAGACAUGAAGAAUCGGCUGGCUUUCCUGCGGAGGAGGAAUGAAUCCCCAGGAAGCAACCCAGCCAGCAAGUUAGACAAAGCUAUGAAGUCAGUCAAGCCCACCCCGGAGGAGGCACUGAAAUGGGGGGACUCGCUUGACAAGCUGCUGGCACACAAAUAUGGUCUGGCAGCUUUCAGAGCUUUCCUGCGCACGGAGUUCAGCGAGGAGAAUCUGGAAUUCUGGCUAGCAUGUGAGGAAUACAAGAAGGUCAAAUCGCAGUCCAAGAUGGCCUCAAAAGCCAAGAAAAUCUUUGCAGAGUACAUCGCCAUCCAGUCCUGUAAAGAGGUAAAUCUGGACUCGUAUACCAGAGAUCACACUAAGGACAACCUGCAGAAUGUGACACGCUCCUGCUUUGACCUAGCGCAGAGGCGGAUAUAUGGGCUGAUGGAGAAGGACUCAUACCCCCGCUUCCUGCGCUCAGAACUCUACUCGGACUUAAUCAACCAAAAAAAGCCCAGCUCCACUCCAACUUCAUCUGCAUCAUAAGAGACCAGAAAAUGAUAUAAGGGGAAGAGAAAGAUGAUGAUGAUGAGAGCGGGGGAAAACGGGGUAGACUUGAAAACAGUACGGGGUUGGGAUGUGAGGUUCUUUGUUUGCCUUUUUUAAAAAUUGAUUUUGUGUCUGUC